CGGUCAUAUAUAAGCUGCCACGAGUUAGCGGCGAAUUCGGUGUGUCCAUUUUGAGCUGCGUUCCGGCGUCUCCCUCUUUUUUUCCCCCCUUCUUAAAGCUAAGGUAACGAUCCACCCCCGCGAUGGCCGACGCUGACAUGCUGCUCAUGGAGACUUCGGAGCAGAACGGCGACGAGGACCAGAACGGCGCCGCCGCCGAGGCCGAGCUAAUGGCCGACGACGAAAGCCACGGCGCCGACGACGGCGGCAAGAUCGACGCCAGCAAAAGCGAAGAGGAUGCUGGCAAAAUGUUUGUGGGUGGCCUGAGCUGGGAGACGAACAAGAAGGACCUCAAGGAUUACUUCAGUAAAUUUGGCGAGGUGUCAGACUGUACCAUCAAAAUCGACACGGCCAGCGGACGCUCACGGGGCUUUGGCUUUGUGCUCUUCAAAGAUGCCGCCAGUGUGGACAAAGUGCUGCAGCAGAACCAGCACAAACUGGACGGUCGCCAGAUUGACCCCAAGCGGGCCCUGGCCAUGAAGAAGGAGCCCGUCAAGAAGAUCUUUGUCGGUGGCUUGAACCCAGAGGCCACUGAGGAGAGCAUCAGGGAAUACUUCGGGGCCUUUGGAGAGAUCGAGACUAUCGAGCUGCCCCUGGACCCCAAGUCGAAGAAGAGGAGGGGCUUCAUCUUCAUCACGUACAAAGAGGAAGCCAGUGUCAAGAAAUGCUUGGAGAAGAAGUACCACAACAUUGAGGGUGGAAGGUGUGAGCUGAAGAUCGCCCAGCCCAAGGAGGUGUACCAGCAGCAGCAACAACAGCAGCAGCAGUAUGGCGGAGGACGCGGCAGCAGCGGCAGCGGCUACGGCGGCCGAGGGGGCAGAGGCCGCGGAGGAGGUCAGAGCCAGGGCUGGAACCAGAGCGGCGGCUACGGGAGCUACCAGGGAUACGGCAGCCAAGGCUACGGCGGCUACAGUGGCUACGGCAGCUACGGUGGCUACGGCUAUGACUACCCCUCCGGCGGCUACUAUGGAUACCCUGGCUAUGACUACAGCCAGGGCAGCGCCAGUUAUGGCAAGGCUCCCAGACGGGGCCACCAGAGCACCUACAAGCCAUACUGAUGCUAACACAUGAGGAUCCAGCAAAACACACCCGACUGGACGGACGCGACUCCUUUUAUGACAGAAGACCAUUUGUACAGAAAACAUCAAGAAAUGUAACUUUUCCAUGUUUUUUUUUUUUUGUUUGUUUGUUUGUUUGUUUUUUUUUUUUUUAAUUGUAUGCUUUCAUUUUUUAGGUUUUAUUUUCCCCUUUGUGUUUUUUUUUUUUUUUUUUUUUUUUUCCCCCUUCCCAACAUUUCCAUUGAAAGGAAGUGUAAUUUUACUGUACUUUUUGGUACCUGUUUUGAUUCUAAUGUAUUGUAAGGGUAUUUUACAUGUCGGCUGGCUUUACAGGUUGGACGUCUUGGCGCUGUAAAGGAGCUUUUUUGACAAAUAAAAAAAGAGAA